ACCAAUCGCAUUCAACAGAUGAGACACGCGAACCUUCUAAGGGUAACAUGGUAACUUCAUUUCCAUUUGACCCCGUGACGCACUAAUGCGGUGCUUCCUCCGGCCACACGCCGACGCGUGCCCUCACCUUCCUUCACACAGUUUGCAGCGAUCAACCUAACCAUUUAAUUCUACUCCGCCAUUUUUUUUUUCUCUGCACAAGUUCAAUCGUGCUCUGGAGUUUUUGUGGGUUUGUCCAUUGUACGCCAAAUUGCACUAGCCCUUUUCAUUUUUUCUGGUUAUUGUGAGGUAUAUAGAUAUGGGUUCUGAAACUGAUGACCGGGUCGACGAUUGCGUGAAGGAGUCUCCGAGGAGAAUGAAUCCUGGGAAAAUUACAAGGAAAAUUCAUAAAGCCGCGAGGGAGAAGCUUAAACGUGACCGAAUGAACGAGCUGUUUACGGAUCUCGGAAGAACACUUGAUCUUGAUCAUAUGAGUAAUGGAAAGGCUUCUAUCCUAAGAGAGACGAUUAGACUCGUUGGGGAGUUGCUAGCUCAUGUGGAAAAUCUGAAAAAGGAAAAUGUGACCCUUUUCUCCGAAUGUAAUUAUGUUACAGCUGAGAGGGACGAGCUCCAAGAAGAAACUUCAACGCUUGACGCACAAAUCAAGAAGCUUCAGAAAGAAAUAAACGAGCGGGCCAAUUGUGAAGAAGACUCGGGAGUUUCUUGCAAUUUUCCCCCGAAACUAAUAACAGAAGAUCACAACUCGGCCCCUGCAGUGGGCCCACCUCUAAUCGUCAUGCCCUUAGCCGCUCAUGAAUCGCAAGUUUUUUCAGUCCCUUUUACGGAGGCGAAUGUUUGUAAGGCUCCGGCAAAUGUGAGCAAGCCACGUGCACGUUACCCUUCUUCUUCAGAUUCUUGGCCAUCUCACAUUCUUGCACAAUCAGACAAUUAUGGAUUGGUUGAUGAUGUUAGGGAAAGUUAAUGCAGGCUCUGAUUAAACAUUCAAAUUGCAGAUGGAUAUAGUAAUAAUUUUUAGUUUGGGUGCAUUUGAUUUAGUGAAUUGGGUUUGGUUUUGUUUGUAGAUGAUGGAUCAAUAAAGUGAGUGUAUUUUGCUAGUUAUUUUGUUUUAGAAGCUGUUGUGCAAUGCUUUUAAGAUUAUGAUUUCAAACUCUUUUUGCCUUUUAUUGCAUUUAUCCGCUCGAUGUCCGAUCCAUCA